AUGAGGGGUAGUGCCGUUCUCCUCGUCGGGCUUGUAGUGGCGGCGUUCGCCGGCGCGGCGGUAGGCGCCGGCUCAGCGGCGCGGUUGGUGCCGGCGAUGUACGUGCUGGGGGACUCGACCCUGGACGUCGGGAACAACAACCAUCUGCCGGGGAAGGACGUGCCCAGGGCCAACGAGUCCUUCUACGGUGUCGACUUCCCCGGCGGCCCCGUAGCCACUGGGAGGUUCAGCAAUGGCUACAACGUCGCCGACUUCAUCGCCAAGAACUUGGGGUUGGAGAGGAGCCCGGUGGCCUAUCUGGUGCUUAAAUCGCGCAAUUACCUUAUCCCCAGUGCCAUGACGAGAGGAGUCAGCUAUGCCUCGGCGGGAGCUGGAAUCCUCGACUCAACGAACAUGGGAAACAACAUCCCGCUAUCGAAGCAGGUGCGCUACUUCGAGUCGACCAAGGCUGAGAUGGAGGUUGCGUGGGGCACCCGCAAGGUCUCGACGCUCCUUGCUGAAUCCUUCUUCCUCCGCAUUGGUAGCAACGACCUAUUCCAGUCCAAGCCUAAGACCCCAGUCGAUGUGGUCGCGCUCUACACAACCCUUGUCUCCAACUACUCCACAUACAUCACCGAGUUGUACGGUAUGGGCGCGAGGAAGUUCGGGAUCAUUAACAUGGGCCCCGUGGGGUGUGUGCCACGUGUGCGUGUGCUGAACGUGACCGGGGCCUGCAACGAUAGCAUGAACCGCAUGGCCGCCGGGUUCGCCGCUUCCGUGAAGUCGGGCCUUGCCGCCCUGGUGCCGACACUCCCUGGUUUUACCUACUCCCUCGCAGACUCCUUUGUCUCCACGCAGGCUAGCUUCGCCAAUCCUCAAUCACUUGGGUUCGUGAACACCGACAGCGCAUGUUGUGGGAUCGGGAGGCUAGGCGCAGAGGAUGGCCGAUGCAAGAGGAACUCCAAGUUGUGUGCUGACCGGGACACCUACAUGUUCUUUGACGCGGUUCACUCCACACAACGGGCCGCUGAGUUGGCGGCCCAACAAAUGUUUGACGGCCCUGCCCACCUCACCGAACCAAUAAGCUUCAAGCAGUUGGCACAAAAGAGAUAUUGA